AAAGGGCACAAGGACUUCUUGAAGAAUGUGAAAUCCGAUCCAGAGACACAAGUGACCUCGUUCCGAGUCUAUCUGCAUAGGAGAAACAAAUUUAUUCAUGCAUGGUUACGAAUUUCUGCUGAAGAUGUGACCCUGGAGCGCUCAAAAACUGAUGUAGUGGUAUGGCCGUUGCAAUUUCUUCGGCGUUACGGUUAUACAUCAGCUGGUGUUUUACCAGAAAUCGUUUGCAAACGUGCAGUCAGUCCUCGCGUGCAAUAA